AAGAAGAAGAAGAAGAAGCAAAGAACACUAAUCAGAGCUUUACUUCUACUGUUGACGUUUUGAGAAUGUGCAAAAAGUUUAAGAUUUUCAUGAGAAAGCUACAAAUUUGCUGCUUAUUCACUAGAUUCUCUAAAAGGGUAGGGAAUUAUUGUGAGUUUGAGGAAGAGGGUAAUGCUGCAUCAAUGAUUCCAAGUGAUGUGAAGGAAGGGCAUGUAGCAGUGAUUGCGGUUAAGGGAGAGAGAAUUAAGAGGUUUGUUUUAGAGCUUGAAGAGUUGAACAAACCAGAGUUCUUGAGGCUGCUCGAACAAGCGAGAGAGGAAUUCGGGUUUCAACCAAGAGGACCUCUGACCAUCCCAUGCCAGCCGGAAGAAGUACAGAAGAUUCUACAAGGAAGUAGAGAGUCUUGAAUUUUGAUUUGUAGAGCAACAUUGUUAGUUGAAAUUCUUUGCUUACAAGAAUUUACCAUUCUUUCUCUUAUUACAUAAACAUGUGUUUACAUAUAUUAUGCUGGUGCUAGUUCAUUUUUACCCCGGAACAA